UCUCAGUCCUCAUCUCUUCAAGCUUUUAAGAGUACAUCUUUACAACAGGGUGUCUGGUUCUGUCAAUGGCAGUAGCAAAACCCACAACACCAAUUGCAACAAUACCCACAAGAAAGCAUACUGUCACUUCACAUGCAUUUCAAAUAGCAAAGAACAAUAGCAGUGCCCCAUUACAGGGUGAAGUUGAUUUCAAUUCCAAAUUGAAAUGUUGCUCUGUCAAUAUGCAUUCUAAUGUCAGUAGUCAAUGUCUGUCUUCAACACAUUUUCUUUUGGACAAAUAUAAUAUCAAUUCUACCAAGGUAUCCAGAAAAAACAGCAGAAGGAACGUGAGAAAAGAUUUAUCUAUGGAAACUCAAUCAAUGAUUGGAAAUGGAUCAGCCAAUGGAGAAACAAUUCUGAGAACAGUUGUUCGUCUUCUAGACAGAUCAACUAAGUGGGUUCUCCUCACAGCUGUUGUCUCUAUUGUGGUUUGGAGACAUAAUUCCCCGGAGGUCCUGUGGGCUGUCACAGGCUGCAUUCUGAAUGAAGGGAGCUCAAAAACUUUAAAACAAAUAAUCAACCAACCAAGCCCUGCUUCUGCUAUUGGCUUGAGGAAAGAUCCUGGGAUGCCAUCUUCACAUGCACAGAACUUGGCAUUUGUGACAACAUAUGCUCUUUUCAUACUGAUUGGUUGGCAAGGACUCAAUAUAUCCACCUUGAGCAUUGCAUUUACAAUUAUCAUAUGGGCAAUAAACAUGGCAUGGGUUCGAGUAUUGGAAGGAUUUCACACACAUUUACAAGUUAUGGUGGGUGUAUUACUUGGUUCAACCAUAGCAAUUUCAUGGUUUUGGAUAUGGAAACUUACAAUGCAAAAGAUGUUUGAUUCUUUGUACUUGUUGAAGUAGUUAUUUCAACUUUUGGAUUAAUAUGUUUCAAUUUUUAAAUUUGUUUAUAUAUGAAAACUAAGAUUUAUCUAGACUUUGGUUUUUUCCAAAUAAAGUGACAAAAUGUUAUCCAUUAGCAAAUAUUUUUCAUUAAAUACUAUGUUGUAUUA